GAAGAAGAGAAGAAAAUGAGUUGCAGAAGGCCAACUCCGAAGAAAUCGUGUAGAAGUUCUCGUUGCCGCCGGCGGAGCGGCAGGUACCACUCCGACAGCACGGACACCUCGACUUCUUACACCUCUUCCUCGGAGUCGUCGCUUUCGGAGGAUUGCGACUGUUCAGAAUGCGAUUGUUUCGAAUUCGAUAGCUUGCCCCGAAGGGCGAAACGCAGAACGAGCCGAAAGAGGAAACGAGACGGGCGAGCCUCCAACAAAUCGUCGAGAACAUCGUGUAACAGCAGAUCGUCGUGCAACAGCAGCGCCAAAUCUUCCAGAAAAAAAAUUACUGGAAGACGCGAGAGACGAUCGUCGUCCUCGUGCUCGUCUUCCUCGGAUUCCUCGAGUUCGUACACAAGCGAUGGAGAAUAUUGCGGCUGCGGCACGUCUGGCAGGCCACGUCAACGAAGCAAAGCUUGAACUCGUUUCAUCACUUUCAGCCACUUGAACAACAAAAGAUCCAUACAGUCGAUAUAUAUAAUCUCUAUCUUUUUAUCUCAUGAUAACCGUUUUCGUUUUUUUUACCGAUUUAUGUACCUUGACCAUUUCUAUUUUAUAUACUUAACUCGAUUAUUUCAUGUUUUCGUCUGAUUUUUAAUUUAUUUUUAAUUUUAUUUCAUUUUUAUUUUUA